AUGUCCCUGGACCUGGUGGCUGCCGUUAGGCAAGUGAUCAUCCCGCACAUGCCAAAUGAGAGGCUGAAGCUGAGAGCUGGAAUCCAUACGGGGCCCUGUGUGGCCGGUGUUGUUGGGCAUAAGAUGCCGCGCUAUUGCCUGUUUGGAGACACCGUGAACACGGCUUCUCGGAUGGAGUCUACCAGCCUACCACAGAAAAUCCACAUCAGCUCAGUUACCUACCAGGCGCUCAUCAUCGACAACGCCUACGAGAUUGAGCCUCGCGGAGAGAUUGAAGUGAAGGGUAAAGGGAAGAUGAAGACCUACUGGCUGCUG